AUGGAAAAGGAAAAAAAAAAGAAUUUCGUGAAAUUCCACUUUGAUUGAUGGAGUUGUAUUAAAAAUAACUUUUAGGGGCGAAGAUCACCGCUUUCGCUGAUCUUGGAAGAUUUCCUUCACUCUCGCUACCUUUCUUAGUAUUCCUUUUUUGUUUCUUUCGACCGCGAAAAUGGAUCCAUCUACAGUUCUGUUUAACCAGCUCAAGGGUGCAAACCCAUUCUUUCUGCUAGCGGGUCCCAAUGUGAUUGAAUCUGAGGAGCACAUUCUACGAAUGGCUAAGCAUAUUAAGAAUAUCACAUCGAAAGUUGGAGUACCAUUGGUUUUCAAGUCAAGCUUUGAUAAAGCCAAUCGGACAUCAUCAAAAUCAUUUCGUGGCCCAGGCAUGGCUGAAGGAUUGAAGAUACUUGAGAAGGUCAAAAUAGCCUAUGACAUUCCUAUUGUGACAGAUGUGCAUGAGACUAUCCAGUGUGAACCAGUUGGCAGGGUUGCAGAUGUUAUUCAGAUUCCAGCAUUCCUAUGUCGUCAAACAGAUCUUUUAGUGGCAGCAGCCAAAACUGGAAAAAUUGUCAACAUCAAGAAAGGCCAGUUCUGUGCUCCUUCUGUCAUGACAAAUUCAGCUGAAAAAAUUAGAUUGGCUGGAAAUCCAAAUGUAAUGGUUUGUGAGAGAGGAACUAUGUUUGGUUACAAUGAUUUGAUUGUCGACCCAAGAAACCUGGAGUGGAUGCGAGAAGCUAAUUGUCCUGUG